CUGUCUGCUUCCAUUGCUCUCAUUGACUCCAGGAAUGCUGGUUAUCAGAAAACUGGCAAGUGUUUCUGUUAUAACACGUAUAGGGAGGGGGCAAUUUAAUGAGAGCUAAGUCCUUCACUCACGCAGGAGAAAGAGCUGUGAAAGCAGAACAUUCUAUUUGUUGACUCAAGAAAUGUUUGCUGAAUCAAUGAAUGAACGAGUGGUCAGUGAACUCUUAGGCACUAAAAGAGUCUCUGUGGGAAAAAAUGUUACCCUGAAAGUAGGUGAAUACCAGUCCCUAGGAGGACAAAACCAAAAUGUCUACUGGAGUAGAUACCAAGGCCACAGUGGGAGACAUUUCCAAUGACAACAAUUUAAAUGCGGCUCGGCAGCAAUUCGCCAGGAGAGGCUUUUGUUCAUUCCGCCAUGGGAUGGCCUUCAUCUUGCAGCUUUGUAAUUUUUCAAUUUGCACCCAACAAAUGAACUUGAGCAUUACCAUCCCAGCUAUGGUGAACAACACAAACCCACCCUUCCAGCCCAAUGCCUCCAUAGAAGGGCCCUCCACUGACUCCCAGCACUACUGGAAUGAAACUUUAAAGGAAUUUAAGGCAGUGGCCCCUGUGUAUGACUGGAAUCCUGAAAUUCAGGGAAUCAUCCUCAGCUCCCUCAACUAUGGCUCAUUCUUGGCUCCAAUUCCCACUGGCUACGUGGCUGGAAUAUUUGGAACCAAGUACGUGGUUGGUGCUGGCUUGUUUAUUUCCUCAGUCCUGACCCUCUUCAUUCCACUGGCAGCAGAUGUUGGAGUGACCUUGCUUAUUGUCCUUCGGGUUGUCCAAGGUAUAGCCCAGGUUAUGGUAUUAACAGGUCAGUAUUCAAUUUGGGUCAAAUGGGCUCCCCCACUGGAAAAGAGUCAACUCACCACCAUUGCUGGUUCAGGGUCAAUGCUUGGGUCUUUCAUCAUUCUCCUUGUUGGUGGUCUCCUCUGCCAGACCAUAGGAUGGCCUUAUGUCUUCUAUAUCUUUGGUGGAAUUGGUUGUGCCUGUUGUCUUCUCUGGUUUCCUUUCAUUUAUGAUGACCCCAUGAAUCAUCCUUUUAUUAGCACUGGUGAGAAGACAUACAUCAUGUGUUCACUGGCUCAACAGGAUUGUUCUCCAGGCUGGUCUCUUCCCAUUAAGGCUAUGAUCAAAUCUUUACCACUUUGGGCCAUUUUAGUCUCUUAUUUCUGUGCAUACUGGCUUUUUUAUACCAUAAUGGCGUACACACCAACAUACAUCAGCUCUGUACUUGAAGUCAACCUCACAGAUAGUGGGAUUUUAUCAGCCCUGCCGUUUGCUGUUGGCUGUAUCUGCAUUAUCCUUGGAGGUCUACUGGCAGACUUUCUCCUCUCCAGAAAAAUCCUCAGACUCAUCAUCAUCAGGAAACUCUUCACUGCCAUUGGGGUUCUCUUCCCAUCCAUAAUCCUCGUGUCCCUGACCUGGGUCAGAUCCAGCCACAGCGUGACCAUGACCUUCUUGGUAUUGUCCUCUGCCACCAGCAGCUUCUUGGAAGCAGGAGCCCUUGUCAAUUUCUUGGAUAUUGCUCCUAGGUACACUGGCUUUCUCAAGGGGUUAUUGCAAGUCUUUGCACACAUAGCUGGAGCCAUCUCUCCCACAGUUGCUGGAUUUUUCAUCAGUCAGGACUCUGAGUUUGGCUGGAGAAAUGUCUUCUUGCUUUCAGCUGCUAUUAACAUACCAGGCCUGGCCUUCUAUCUCAUCUUUGGCUGUGCAGAUGUGCAGGACUGGGCUAAAGAGCAGAUGUUCACCCACCUCUGAGCAAACCAAGAGAUGUGUUCCAACCUGAUGCUUACUUCUUCAUCAUUUUUCCUCACAGACAUUCCUUUUUUGUGCCCACUUGACUGAUCAGUCAUUUCAUUGGAACUGACUUUGUUUCCUAUGUCUUCUCACAGACCUUGGCUAUAUGAUACUAAAGAUUUUACCAUGCCUGAAGAUUUUAUUGGGGGCCGGAGAAAAAGGACAGUUAUUUAAUUGUGAGCUCCUGACAGCACAGGUGUCUUGGGAUUUCUAGGUGUUCUCCUCUCUUUUUACUGUUAUCCUGGUAAAAGCAUCAGGGGCUGGGGGACAAUUUCUCACCAAAGUGAGAAAAGGAAGCCAGAACCACAUGAUUGAGAACUGAAAAUCACAAGGGAGUUGUGCCCAAACAUACAGAAGAUGGAGCCUAUGAGCUGCUAUCCAAAGAAAGCCUGAAACAACAGAAAGAUUAGUAUAUACAAUCCAAAGUCCUGGGCCAGCAGGUAAAGUUGCUCUCACUUCAGGUGAGGAAGGACACAGUGCCAUUCUGAUGCCUGGUAUGGACAGAAUCCCGAGGAGAAAAAUGCCAAGAAAGAAAGGACAAUAGGAGUGAAUACAUCAUGACGAGAGGAAUGAACAUGUCUAUAACUAAUUGAGGUGACAUAGUAUUACUGGAAUUUCUUUCUUCAGUAGGUUCUUGGUCUUGG